AUGGAGAAUCAUCACCCUUCAACUCUCUUAUCAAUGGAUUCAAGUGCUUCUUCCCACGAGGAGCUUGAUUUGGAGAUGAACAACAACCGUCAAUCUCUCCUCACCGGCCCUCCUGACAUCAACCUCCCUCUCUCCGCCGAGCGUAGCCCACCUCCACAGCCAUGGAAUCUCGAUUCUUGCGACAUUCUUGAUGUUGGGUUAGGGUCACAAGCUUAUGAAACCGAGAAUUACAUGAGCGUUGUCCCCAAAGUUGGUCGGAAAUGCGCUAAGCGUGUGGACAGUGUCUGGGGAGCUUGGUUCUUCUUCAGUUUCUACUUCAAGCCUGCUUUGAACGACAAGUCGAAGGCUAAGAUUGUUCGUGACAGCAACGGGUUGUCUGGUUUCGACAAGACGGAUCUGAAGCUUGAUGUGUUUUUGGUUCAGCAUGAUAUGGAGAAUAUGUACAUGUGGGUUUUUAAAGAGAGGCCUGAGAAUGCUCUUGGGAAGAUGCAGUUGAGAAGUUACAUGAAUGGGCAUUCGAGGCAAGGGGAUCGUUUGUUUCCGUUUAGUGUUGAGAAAGGGUUUGUGAGGUCUCAUAGGAUGCAGAGGAAGCAUUACAGAGGCUUGUCGAAUCCGCAAUGUGUUCAUGGGAUUGAGCUUGUGCCUUCACCGAACUUGACUUGUCUUGAUGAGGAAGAGAGGAAGAGGUGGAUGGAGCUUACGGGUAGGGAUUUGAAUUUCACGAUUCCACCUGAGGCUAGUGACUUUGGUUCGUGGAGGAAUCUUCCCAACACUGAGUUUGAGCUUGAGAGGCAUCCACCUACGUUGAAGAAUACUUCUAAGAAGUUACUCAAUGGCUCUGGACUCAAUCUCUCAACUCAACCAUCCAAUGGUGAAGGGACGGAUCUAUCUCCCUCUAGUCACAAGAAGAGGAAGGACAUGUUCUCAAAUGGUAUCCAUGAGGAAGAGUGUUGCUUAACCGUGAACCCUCCUGCUAUAGAAGUUCACCAGAAUGAGCUACCAAACUGGUCUAAUGAGUUUACCGGAGCCAUGAAAAACGUUCACGGACCUGUUACUGCUGCAAAGACCAUAUACGAGGAUGAAGAAGGUUACUUGAUUAUAAUAACACUUCCUUUUGUGGAUUUGAACAGCGUGAAAGUCUCGUGGAGGAACACUCUCACACACGGUAUCAUAAAAGUCUCAUGUGUCAGCACGUCGCGUGUACCUUUCAUCAAGAGACAUGACAGGACAUUCAAGUUGACUGAUCCAAACUCCGAGCAUUGCCCACCAGGAGAGUUUGUAAGAGAGGUCCCGUUAUCAACUCGUAUCCCUGAAGAUGCAAAUAUUGAAGCGUAUUACGAUGGACCAGGUUCGGUUCUUGAGAUACUUGUCCCGAAACUAAGAGCUGGUCCGGAAGAACAUGAGGUGAGGGUGUGUCUGCGUCCACAUCUUGGAGGAAAUGAUCUUAUGUUGACAUAA